GAAAGGUUGCGUCAUCGACACUUGCAAUUCUUCUCGACUCAGGACCGUAUGCGUUGGGUGUUGCUGUUGCUGGUGGGCCUACUUGCCUACACGGCGACGGCCCAGCAAUUGCUAACGUCGUACGUCCGUGUGCAAUGGAACUCUACGAAUUUGACGGCGAUCGAAGGGUACGAAGCUGUGCUUCGGUCGUCAGUGGUGCAAUUCCUGGCCCCCAACAUCACGGCCAACGUCACAUUUCUUGAAAUCCGCGCUUCGAAUGCCAACAUUUCAGUCUCGCAAAACUUCACCAUUGAGUUUGCCGUCCAAGCCAACGCCACGACGGCCACAGCCUCGACGUUUCUCACCACAUUGCUCAACUCGACCUCGACGACAAGCAACCUCACUCGAGCCAUCACGACCAACAUCAAUGGGGCUUCCAUCACCUGUGCAGUCGCCACCACGCCUUCCUCCACGAGGUUGCAAGUGGCCCCUACCCCCUCAACGGUCACAGAUUUGGCGAGCAAUGCCUCGUACAUUUUUGUCAACUUGCGCUACCUUGGGGCGCCAUCUUUUAACGCGACCAACUUUACUGGCACGGCGUUUUCGCUGUCGACACUGACCCGCAUGCGAUACGCGUUGUACUCGCUGCUGGCCAUCAAGACGGACGAAGAAGCCACCGUGCUGCAAGUGACCAACGCCACCGUCAGCUCCAAGCGCGAAACGGACGUGCUCGUGUUUUUUAGGUUCAACUCAACCUCCCGCCUGGCCAACACGACGAUCGCCACGCUGGUCAACGGCACCACGACAGGCACGGUCACGACGACGUUGGCCGAUGCCAUGACAUCGUUCAACUUCACCGCUCGAAGCUACAACUUGACCGUCGACGUGCCUUGGAUUCCGGCGUCGGCAAACUGGUGGAUCAUCACCUCUGCGACCACAACCACCAACUCUUCCAAUACGACUAAUGCCACCAGCACGACUACCAAUUCUACCACCACCACCAACAGCACCACCCUCGCACCGCCCCCAUCCAACUCGACCAACACCACCAAGGCCCCAUCGCAGUCGUCCAUUACAACCCCUCCCCCCUCGACCACCACGUCCAUAGUGUUCCCCACCACGAAACCAGUGGCCACCACCCCCCAGCCCACCUCCCCGUUGCCCACCACCGUCGUCCCUCAAUUGGACGGGGGCCUCGUGCCUUUCCCUUUUGUCUACGCCUUCAACGUAACGACGGCGGCGGUCGCGCCAGUGUACACGCAGCCAGGUUACUGCGGUGGCAACAAUCAAUUCUGCUUGCACUUGAAGUGGGUGGUGGAAGACCCUAAGGAUGCGUACGUGCUUGCGCGCAUCAAAGGCCAGUCGUACAUCAACGCUUCGGUGCUGGCGAGCUCGUACGGCCCAGCCGUCAACGCGUCUGUCGCUAGCGUGUGGACCCUGUACGACAUUCCCCGCUCGUCGGUGAUCUUGGAUUUUGUCCGGUCGGCGGACUUAGCUCUCCUAUCCGUCGACAUCUCGGCCAACCUGUUGAGCGCCAACUCUGCCACGUCUACCGUCACGAGCACGAGCAACAGCAACAUUUAUGUCCGAUACACGGCCACGCCGAUUAGUGCCAAGGAAUUGGUGCUCGAAGUGCGCAUUGUGGUGGGCACGCCCCCCGCGAUCGCCACUCAAACGUUGCAAGACGAAGGGUGUGCGUAUUGCUCCAAACUUGCGUCACAGUGCCGAAACGACCCGACGUGUGCGAGUUUGAAGCUGUGCGUGGACAAUGCCACGUCAGUGUGGGACCAAACCAACUUGAUUCUCAACGGCGACUACGGCGACAGCCUCAACACGACGUUGGCGACGGGGGCUUGCUUCAACUAUGGCGCUUCAUCUCUUGGGCGAGACCUCUUUGACAAGUACAUUCGUUGCAUGCUAACUCGGUCGUGCCCUUUCGUUGUGGACGGACCGUCCAAACUCGUGUGGCAGGCGCCGACCCCUGGGUGGAUUCAACUCCAGCUGCUCCCGUGGUCGCUUUCGUACUUCAACACUCUCCAAUUCAACCUAUCGUAUGCCAACAAUCCUCCGUGUCCCGUCGUCCUCUCGAACAACAAUACGACGGAGAAUCUCACGCAGCAGUUGGCCGCUUGUGUUUUCAACGACUGCGAAGUCGUCGUGCUGUCCAACACGACGAAUGUCACGACCAUUGACAUUGUCUUCAACAACCACAUCGGCCCCCUCCCCGUGCUCUCGUGGGACCCAUCCGAGAGCCUUCCGUUCAUCGACACGGCGUUCGCCAUCCUCCCAAAACUCGCGUCUUCGUCUGCCUUGACGCUUCUGCCAGUGAACGACCCCGUCACAAACCCUGCUACCCCCCAAACCGCGUGUUCAUCGUGCUGGCUGGAAUUCCUCGAGAAAUGCUUGCUCGACGAAGGCUGCAACGCGUACAUCAACUGCAUCAUGAGGACUUCGUUCGAGUCCAUCUCGUCGUUGAUUCAAUUUGGCCGCACGGGGGCGACAUUCAACCUAUCCCCCACAAUUCUCUCAUGCACAGACCCGACGGUGCCAACGUGGUCGUCGUGGCGGGCUCUACAAAGGGCAAGCCAUUGCUACGCCCAGGCCCAAUGCCCUGUUGCGACCCAGGGUUCCAAGAACAUCGUGUGGCAGCUUCCCAAUCGGACCCAGUCAAUCACGUACACGCUACCGGCGGACCCGACCUACUCGUCCCCGCCCCAGUUUGUGUUUAAGAACCAAUUGGACUACAAUUGGAACGUCAUGUAUGGCGGGGUCACGGAUUUUGGCUGGGUGCUGCCCACCAUCUUGGACAUUCCAGACGUGGUUGUGAGCGACCCAACCAACUCAACCAGCGAUGUCGACGGAUCGUUCACGUACUCGUGGGUCGUCACGUAUCCAUCCUAUGCGGGCUUCUUGCCCAACUUCUUCAUUGGAGAUUUUGGGGGCAACGCCCUCACGAUCCUCAACGACGCCCCCCCCAGCGCCCUUCUCGUUGUUCAAAACAAGACGUGGAAUGCCACGGCGUGGAACUUGCCUCUGUUUUAAUAUGCGUUAGUGAAACCAAUGAUCUUACUGUUAAUACAUGUUUACAGAAUGCAUG